ACACGCCCUCUCCGUUGGCUGGCCAACAACACCUGAGUCCAGACGUUAGCGCUGCUCAGAGCCAGAGAACACCAGUCUUUGUUGCUUUCUUUUUUAAAUAUACAUAUAAAAAGAGAAAAGUCUUAUUCACCAGCCUGACUCAGCCGGUAGAAGAUUUUUCGAAUAUGGUCUGUGGCGGGUUCACUUGCUCCAAAAAUGCGCUUUGUUCCCUGAAUGUGGUUUAUAUGCUGGUCGGCCUGCUGCUGAUCGGAGUGGCAGCAUGGGGGAAGGGGUUCGGCCUGGUGUCGAGCAUCCACAUCAUCGGAGGAGUCAUCGCAGUGGGCUUCUUCCUGCUGCUCAUCGCCAUCGUGGGACUCAUCGGAGCAAUUCACCACCACCAAGUGAUGCUUUUCUUUUACAUGGUGAUUCUUUUCAUCGUUUUCCUGUUCCAAUUUGGAGUUUCCUGUUCCUGCUUGGCGAUGAACCGCGGACAGCAAGAGACGCUCCUGAACUCUGCUUGGGGAAUGUUGGAAAACAAGACCAAGACAGACCUGGAGGUCCAGCUGAACUGCUGCGGCCUGCUCAAUGGGAACGACAGCCGAGCAGAGUUUGAACAGGAUUUGCAAAACUGCCCAGCUUUAUGCAAAAAGAAGAAUCUGUGCUUCUCCUGCGGAGAUAAGAUGCUGAAUCAUGCAACAGAGGCUCUGAAGAUCCUCGGGGGCGUCGGACUCUUCUUCAGCUUCACAGAGAUCCUCGGAGUGUGGCUCGCCGUGCGCUACAGAAACCAGAAGGAUCCACGGGCGAACCCAAGUGCUUUCCUAUAGUCUGUCCCACGCUACCGCCGUGCAGCGCCUUGCCGUAGGUGCGGUUUCAGACACACACACACUCACACACAGAAUAAACGCACAUCCAGAGGCAGACACUCGACAUAGAGCCACAACAGCACGGAGUGGACGAGCGCACGCAGCACCUGAUGACAAAACACUGAGAAACAAAACACACACAAACACACGCUCCUCCUCCACCUGAGACUGAACAACAACCUGUCACCUGUCCAAGCUGGAACACCUGGAUACUUAUGUAUGAAAGGAUGACGUGUAAUACCUUGUUGGUAUCAUGACCCAGCCUCGAUUUGAGUACCAGAUUUCCCCUCCUGAUUGCUGCCUCGCUAGUGUCCGACUAUUACAAGCAAACGAAGAAACAUCUCUGCAUGUGUCCUACGCAGCCUGUUGAUUUCAUUACACACACACACACACACACACACACCAACCAAAUGACUGUGCGGUGUCCGACAGAUAACUUGUAUGCACCUUGAAAUUUCUCCUAAAUGUAGUGCCACACACUUAUAUUCCUCCAGUCAGUGCUAUCAGUGACGUGUAAAAGUGUAAACUCAAACAAGAGUCGGCUGAACGACGGGAGGUAAAGUAGGUUUUGAGUAGAUUUUGUAGUCACUAGAGUCGUUCGGGUUCAAAUAUUUAUGAACUGUAACUGAGCCAACUUAACUUUUAACAGUCGGAGGUGUUAGGAUGCCGACGGACUGCAGCCUUUGUCAUUGUACAUAAUCUUUAAAAUACUGUAGUUCACAGAAAUCAUCCUCAUGUGUCCUACUACACCCCUCUAGUUCAGAGGUUUGCCUGCAUAGUUUGAUUCUUCUUGGCAAAGGCCACAAUGAUUCACCUUUCCUGUAUUUAAUAUGUUCCUUUGUGUCGCGCAGUGAUGUUGUUUAGAAUAGAUUCUGGUAGUAAAAAAAAAACAGUGGAUUCAGGUACGUAUCAUUUUACCUCCUGUGUAACUGGAAUAAAUCAGAAAAAUGUAAAAAAAAAAAAAAAAAAAGUAUAAUAACUAUGUGCUUUGAUUUGAAAUAAUUGGGUGAAUUUGGCCAAAACUGCUUAUCGCAAACCCAAUUUGUUUUGAUAGUGUUAAUUUGUGAAAAUGUGCUCCUGUUUGCAAUUCUUUUUCUUCUUCUUGUUUUAACAUUUUUGAGACAAUUAUUAUUUUUGGUGGGAUUAUUUGGUACUCAGUUGCCAUCCGCUCUUUCUGUUCAUCAGUGUUAAAAGCUUUGUAAAGAUGUGUUAAAUAUUUUCAGGAUCUAUUUAAGUUAAGUUUGAUGAUGCACAUUGGGGUUAGUAAGUUAUGUUGAUAUAAUUUUAAAUGCCUCGAUGUUUGACCUUUCCUGUUGAUAAAUUUACUUCUCAUUAAUUCUCUCUUUAAGAUAUUAUUUCUCUCUUUUUAAAAAAAUUGCUUUUAACUUAAAGGACUAACACAAACUGUAAUUACAUGUCUUACUUGAACCUGUCAACUUCGCUGAUAAUGGAUUUCCUGCUGCUGGUUUGGACUUACUCUCGCUGGUGUAAAACAAGCAUUUUGACAGAUCUUAACGUUAAGCAUUAUGCCAUAUAUCACACCUCACUUUGAAUUUGUGUGCACUUGUUAUUCAAAUGUAUCUGGAAUUUUUGAGAAUUAAUUUUCCAAUUAAUAAAACCUCAAAUUGGGAACUGUU